AUGAUUAGUUUGCUGAAUUAAUCACUAUAUGAUGAUCAAUAUCAUUCAAAUCACAAACUCAAAUCAAAAAAUUAGGUUCAUAGACAAUACAAAUUUCCAGAUAUUGAGAAUGCUAGCAGAUUCAACAUUUUAAGAGGUUCUCCAAAUUCCAGCAGAAAAUACAAUACUAUUUAAGAGACUAAGUAGUCUUUGGAUUAUAGCUCAACAUUUCAGGGAUUUCAAAUUAGAAUCCUUAAACCAUAGGAAAGGUAAGAAACUCAAAAAGAAGAAAAAUAAAUAACAAUCACUAAAAGUGCAUAACUUAAAAGAAGAAAUGAAAAGAAAGAUGAUCAUCUUGAUUUAAAUUAAGAUGAUUUACUAUUACCUAGAAUUUAUUCACCUAUUGAAACUCCUAGGAAACUUAUUUAAACAAAAAUGAAGGAAUCAAUCUAUAAACCCUUUUUUAGUAAGUCUGAAAAUAUUGAUCAUAUAAUUACUAUUAACUCAAGAUAUCAAAUAUAUGAUCAAUUAAAUAAAGGAGUAACUUUAAAAUGUUUAUAUUCCUCUUAAAGAUUAGACACUAUUGAUAAAAUACUUAUUAUCAACUUUGAUAGUAUUAUAAUGAAAUAAAUUUAUAGAUUUAAUUUUGGGAAAAAGGAAGUCUUUUUGGGAAUAAUCAAGUGAAAUCAAAUUAUGUUCUAAGUUAUUUGGUUAAUAAUGUGAUAAUUCCUUUUGUUCAUGUGUCCUACAAAAAGAUCUCAAAUCAAUAUUGCAAUUGUAUAUAUAACAUGAAUAACAUAAAGAUUGUCAAAAAAUUUUUAUAUUAUAUUCCUAUUUGAGUGCGGAUUAAGAGGAUCCACUUGGUAAUCAUACUUAAUAGAUUGUGGAUAUGCUGUAGAUGGUAUAUAUUGUAUACAAAAAUCUAAAUUAUUUGGAGGAGGAGGAAUUAAAAUGAAGUAAAUUAUUUCUAAUUUUGGGAAAUCAUAAAUUAGAGAAUUGAUUUACUUUGGAUCAAUUGAUACAGAUAUAAAUUCAGACAAUUUACCAAUUGAAUAGUUCUUUUAUUAAAUUCCAAUUGUUUAGUAAUAGGUUUCUGUUUAAGUCUAUUUAAUUCAUUUAUAAAAGUAGAAAUCUAUUGAUUCUAAAUUGCUAUAUGAAAUUAGCAUACUUCAUUGCAAUUAGAAGGAUUCUUUUAAUUAUAAAAAAUCAUUGAAUAUAAUGAAUUUAGAAUUACAUUCAAUUAUUUCUUAAAUGAUUUAAAUGGAAAUAGAGGAUGAAAUUUAAAAUUCUAUAUUUAAAAAUCUGUAUAUAAUUUUCAUUUAUUUAUAGUAAUUUAGAAUAAUCUUAAAGAAACAUUGUAGAUGAAGAAGAAGAUAAAAAUAAUAUAUUAUUGUGGUUGUAUUAAACUAAGAAAUUGUUAUUGGAUUACUUUAAAAGUAUUAAUAGUGAAGAAUAAAACUAAAAUCCUAUUACUUUAAUUGGAGAUUUUUUAAGAAGAAACACUUCUAUUGAAAUGAAUUUCCUUACAUAAAAUUAUGUAAAAUAAGCUAAGCGAUUCAAUUUGUAUAAUGAAUUAAAAGCUUCGACUCUAGCAUAAGCAACUUUUCGAAAAUAAUGUAAAAUGGAAUGCUUUGUUAUUUAAGAUUGA